UGCCGUUUCUGGUGGGACGUGCCGGGAUAUCGAUGCUCUUUGGCUGGUGUCUUUGGACGAAGCAGCGCUCAGUUGUCACUUGUGAGUUCCAUGAAUUUCACUGGUGUGGUUGAUGGAUGAUUGGAGUUGGGUUGUUUGGUACCGCACGUGGUGCUCCAAGAGGAACUGCUUCGCCGCUUGGCGCCGCGAAUAAAGCUUCUCGGUGCCCCGUGUCCAUGAGCACGACGUCAUACCAGACGCGAUGGAGACCAUUCUGACCAUCCAUCUUGGCUCAAACCUCACACCAUCAAUCGAACACGUCACUCUGCUGCUAAUCCAGAUUAAAGCUGAGCAUCGGAGGCUCAGAGGAUGGACCAAGAAGAAGCGCCGGCCCAGCCGGGGUCCAUGCGUCGCGCGGACGCGGUCACGCUCCGGCCGUUCGAGCUCGCCGACGUCGACGCCAUGAUGGCGUGGGCGUCGGACCCCGAAGCCACGGCGUUCAUGACGUGGUGCGCCUACACGUCCCGGGACGCCCUCCUCGCGUUCCUGCGCGACGCCGUCCUGCCGCACCCCUGGUUCCGCGCCGUCUGCCUCGCCGGCGGCGACGGCGAGCCCCGCUGCCCCGUGGGCGCGGUGUCCGUGACGCCGACGGCCGACCGGUGCCGCGCCGAGCUCGGCAUCGUGCUGGCGCGCGCGCACUGGGGGAAGGGCGUGGCCACGGCGGCGCUGAAGCGCACGGUCGCCGCGGUGUUCGGCGACCUCGAGGGCGUGGAGCGCGUCGAGGCGGUCGUGGACGUCGACAACGCGGCGUCGCAGCGGGCGCUCGAGAAGGCUGGGUUCCAGCGGGAGGCCGUGCUGCGGAGCUACUGCGUGGUCAAGGGAAGGCUCAGGGACAUGGUCAUCUACAGCUUCAUCUCCACUGACCCUCUCGUAGACUAGAUUGAUGAUGGUAUAGAAAGAUGAGCUGCACAUGUAUCUGCAGAUCUCACAACACGGUUGGGUGAUCCAGAGUCUUGCAAAAGAACCCAAAUGGCAUUGCUGCUUGCAAAACAAGAAGCAUCUCAUCUGUGAAUUACAGAUUUAUUACUGA